AUGCUAAGCUCGUGGACCGCGUUAGCGGUUUCCCUGGAGGACGAAGAGGAAGUUAUAAAGCAACAAUUGGUUCAAGAAAAACUUACUAUACAAACCAACAACAAGGAUAUCAAUGAUAAACAAAAUGAAAAAAGGGCUCUUAUUAAGGAUAAGAAUGAAAAAUCUUUAAGCCUUCAAAAACUUAAUCAAGAUCUACAAACAAUCAACCACAACCUUAAAACAAAUCAAGAAAUGGUCAACAAGUUGAUGAACGAAAACAAAUGGAUUAAACAAGAAUCCAUAUUUUUUGCCAAACCAAACACCAUCUACGAUUUCAAUUCUAUGAAUAUUAAGGAGAUGGAAGUCAAAUUGGUUAGCUUGAAGGAUAAAAAACAACAAUUAUCCAGAAUUGUUAACAAUAAAGCCCUCGUUAUGUUGGAAUCGGUGGAGGAAAAAUAUAAAGAGUUGAUGAAUAAAAAAAUGACGCUUCUAGCCGACAAGCGUAAAAUUGAGGAGCUCAUCAAACAAUUGGAUUCCAAAAAAUGUCAAACAAUUCAAAAAGCGUACGUUCAAGUUAAUAAGGAUUUUGGUUCUAUAUUUUCGACCCUGCUUCCUGGUUCAUAUGUCAAACUCACGGCAUCAGAAGGUCAAACUAUUCUGCAGGGCUUAGAGAUUAAAGUUAGUUUUAACGAUAUCUGGAUAGAAUCUUUAACUGAAUUGAGUGGAGGACAAAGAUCAUUGAUAGCUCUAUCCUUAAUUUUGGCUCUACUCUUAUUCAAGCCUGCUCCUAUUUACAUAUUAGAUGAAAUAGACGCCGCUUUAGAUGCUUCCCACACCCAAAAUAUUGGGAUUAUGCUAAGUCGCCAUUUUAAAAAAUCGCAAUUUAUAGUGGUCUCAUUGAAAGAUGGUAUGUUUCAAAAUGCUAACGUUUUAUUCAAAACUGCGCUUGUUGAAGGGGGAUCAACUGUUUCAAGAUAUACUAAAUCUGCUUGA